AAAUAAAGGCGCAAAAAUACAGUUUAUUUGAUGUUUUUGUUAAAUGAAUUAGUUUAAAUCGCAAUGACGUCGUCAAAAUCGUAUAUAACACUGAAGGAAAAGUAUGAUCGGGUUAUUGUGCUAAUUGAUAUGGACUGCUUCUACUGUCAAGUAGAGGAAUUACUAGAUCCAGAUAAUUUAGGUGGAAAGCCAAUUGCUGUUGUUCAAUAUACUGAGAAUGCAGGCAUUAUAGCUGUUAAUUAUGCAGCCAGAGCUUUAGGAGUCACCCGACAUAUGAGAGAAAAUGAAGCCAAAGCAGCAUGUCCAAAUUUAAUUUGUGUUAAAGUUCCAUCAAAAUUCAAUAAGGCUGAUAUUUCAAAAUACAGAGAUGCAGGCAAGCGAGUAGCUAAUGUUUUCGAGCAAUACACGACGAUGCUAGAAAGAGCCUCAAUAGAUGAAGCAUAUAUGGAUAUAACGGAAAAUGUCGCUGAAAGAGUUAAGCAAAUGAGAGAGAAGAAGUUUACAUUAACAGCACAGCAUCUUCAUAAUACUUACAUCGUCGGAUACGAUAAUAUUGGAAAAUUCAUUCAGGAAGUGUCUAUGGCUGUUGAUAAAAGCGAGACAUGUGACGAUGAAUCAUAUGAAAGCAGUAAGUUAAGACUAUUAAUUGGAGCAUCCAUUGUUAGUGACAUUCGAAGAGCAGUAAAAGAACAAACAGGAUAUACAUGCAGUGCAGGAAUAUCUCACAAUAAGAUCCUUGCUAAAUUAAUAUGUGGUAUGAAUAAACCAAACAAACAGACAGUAAUUCCAAUAGAUUCGACAAAGAUCCUUUUUGAGACAUUAGAGGUACACAAGAUUAAGAGUAUGGGUGGAAAAAUAGGCGAAGAGGUCUGUAAGAAAUUAGGCAUCAGACUUAUGUGCGAAUUACUUCCAUUUGAAGAAGCAGAUCUUCAACAGCAUUUUGGAGCUAGAAUUGGAACUUUUUUGUAUUAUAUAGCACGAGGAAUUGAUCUGGAAAAAGUUGAAAGAAAAGUCAUGAGUAAGUCGAUUGCUGUAAGUAAAAAUUUUCGUGGCAAAAAUGAAAUUAUGAAUGUUAAUACACUAAAAUAUUGGCUUAAAGAGCUAUCCAAGGAACUAAAAGAGCGACUUGAUAAGGAUCAUGAAGAAACAAAUCGACUGUCAAAGCAAAUGAUUGUACAAUUUACUCAAAUGUUCAAUAAGAAAGGCGUGGCAAGUUCACGUACGGUGCAAUUGAAUGGAAAGUCUGUAAACAGCUUCACAUCAGAUGAAAUCGGAGAAGAAGCAUUCAAAACGAUUGAAAAAAAUACGACACAGCUAGUGAAAGCUGAAGGAACAUUCCUAUUAAGCAAUAAUAUUAAUCAUUUAGGUAUAUCUGCUGGUAAGCUUGAGGAUGCAAAUGCAGGCCAAGGAACUAGUAAAAGUGUUCAGGAUCUGCUUAAAAAUCAUGCAAAAAAGUCACCAAAGACACCAAAAACUGAAAAAUCAGCUACAGCUACUGAAAAUCCAUUCACAAAGUUUGAGUACAAUCCAAAAGCUAAUAUCGUUGCAUCCAAGUCUGAAAAUGCGGCAAUAAAAUCAGAAGACGAUUUAACAGUUUCAAUUGUAAGAGGAACAAAAUCAGAGGAUAUUAAGGAAGCACAAAGUGCUGACCAUUUUUAUAACAUGGAUACACAAAUUGACACUAAGGAACAGAUAUCAGAUUUGUGCUUAAAAUCAUGUAUUAAAUUCACAUCUGAAAAUGCCAUCAAAGGUGAGAAGACAUUGAAGCACUGGAUGUUUGAGCUGUUUACAGAACUUGACAAAAAAGUACAGAAAAGUAUUACGAAUCAGAAUUUGAAUCCAUCAGUAAUUAAAUUAAACUGGAAGCAAUUGCAGAGUGAUGGAAUUGAGAGCAAGUCUGAAGAGAUUCCAACAAAUAUUUUCACCACCGGAAUCAACAUAGACUUCUUUAUUAAUUUAAUUAAGCAUUCUGGAAGUUUUGAUCCAAUAAAUCAUAUAGAAUUGGAAGCAGCUGAGUUUUCAGGCAAUAAAGAGUUUCAUUGGAAAGUUAACUUUGAGGAGGUAACAGCAGAUGACAGCAAAUUAUUCACUGACGAAAAUUCAGUUCCUAAAAUCGAUAAAAGCUUAACGGAAGUGGAAAAUGAAACGAAAGAAGAAAUCUUAUAUCCACAAUUAAGCGACGAACUUUUCGAUGAUGAUGAUGUACGUCCAAGUAGCUUACUAGAUUUACAGCUUGAAGUUGACGAAGACGAGGAAGAGAUUCUUAAAUUGGAGCGUUCAUUCCUCGGCUUGUCACCUGUCAAAUCUAAAGAAAAUGAGCCUUCAGCUGCAAACGGCAAUAAUUCAAAAAAUAUUAAUCUUGAAGAAGCACGUUUGUCACAUAAAGUUUUAACCAAUAUUAAAGAUGAGGAUGUAGCAGGUCCGUCACAUAAAGUUUUAAGCAAUAUUAAAGAAGAAGAUGUAGCAGGUCCAUCGUAUGCAAGCACAUAUGUAGAACUCCAAAAGCCUCAAAAUGUCUCGACUAUGAUUGACAUUUUAAAUCCACUUGAAGAAUGUCUGGAAUGUGGAAAAAUGAUUCGAAAACUAGACAUGAUUACGCAUAUUGAUGGGCAUAUAGCAAUGCAGAUAUCCAUGUCUCAACGUGAAGAGUAUCGUGCUGAACAGAAGAGAAAGUUAAUGCAAAAAAUUGACAAUAAAAGUGCUCAAAAAAGUCAAAAGCCAAAAACAGCUUCAAAACCAUCUCAAAGACCGACGUCUACCUCUAAACCAUUCACAGCCACAAAGUCACAAAUCAAUUUAAUUGAAAAGUUUACUAAAAAGGAUGCAGCACACGACACAAGUUGGGAUAACAGCAUUUUAUGUGAACGGUGCAAUCAGUUAAUAGAAAUAGACAAUAUACAAAUGCAUCAAGAUUAUCAUUUUGCACAGCAGCUACGCAUGGAUCAAAUGAAAAUUAAUAACAAUACAAAUUCUGCGACUAAACGGAAGCGACCUUGUGUGAGCAAGAAAGAUCCUCGAAGUGCCAAAAGUUUGAAAGAAUAUUUUAAGGAAUGACAGGUAAACUAUAGAAAAGUAUUUGAUAUCCAUAGAAUGUUAUAAUUAUAGAUAUAUAAAGUAAAGUAUUGAGAUUAGAUUAUAUAACUUUACAAAAUAAAGCAAUCAAAAAAGUUCAAG